UCUCUCAGUCCUGCGAGCCCCGUUUGCAGCAGCGGGAGUGCAGAGCCCGCGGGGAGCGGGGCGAGCCCCGCGGAGCAAAGCGGCAUCCCCGGGCCGGGGCGCCCCCUCCACGCACAGCAGGGACCCGGGGGCCCUCAAGCCUGUAUCCGCUCCGGGCCCCGCAGCCCGCCCGAGGGCCAGGCAUUGCUUUUCUGCCUCGGGCCCUAGGGGCCAGCCAGCCCCCGCGGCUUCCCCGCGGCUGCCCGGGCACAGCUCUGCAGCACGCCAGGGGUUAACCGGCGCUGCGGGGAGGAAGCACACGCUAGCGCGCAGCAAUAGGUGGCGGUGUGCACACGGGGCAGGGGGAGCAGACCGCACUCCGCAGUCACUCCCCUGCAGGAGCUGGGUCCGGUUCUUUCGCCCCGGCGCCCGUGUCAGAACCAAGAUGCUGGACCAGAUCGCGCUGCUGGCCGCUGUGACCGUCCUGGGAGUCCUGGAGCAGGCCUAUUUUGCGCUGCAGGUGAUCUAUGCCAGACGGAAGUACAGCGUCUCCCCCCCGGAUACAGCAGGCCCACCAGAAUUUGAGAGAGUCUUCAGAGCUCAGGCGAACUGCUCCGAAUACUUUCCAAUCUUUGUGUCUGUCCUAUGGGUGGCUGGACUCUUCUUCCAACAAGGUGUGGCUGCAGUCUGUGGGCUACUCUACUUGUAUGCUCGGUACCAGUACUUCCAGGGAUACAGGCUGUCUGCCCAUGGAAGAUUGGAGCCCAUGUACUUCAGUGCCAAAGUUCUGUGGAUUUUGAUUGGUUUGUCCAUGGCUGGGCUCUUGGGUCACUUCCUGUCUCUGAAUUCUUUUGUGGGGAGAAUGGAAAUUCCAAGCAAACUGCAACUGCUCUUCCGGUGGUAAACAGCCCAUGACUGCUGAGUUGUGGGUUUAGCUCAGCAUCUCCCAUAACUCCUCCAGGCUGAUGAGAAUUUAACCUUCACUUUCUCCACAGUUCAACUAAGCAGUUCAAAAGAGAGCUAAAAAGCACAAGCGCGCUGUGGCUGAAGAGACUUAAAAUACUCCCCAACUUACGUUCAGCCACUUGUCCCCUGCAUCAAUUCUCUUCCUUUAAUGAGGGGGAAGAGGGAGAAAGUGGUUCUCUCCCUCUCCCCACCCCAAGUUAUACACAGCAAGUUCCACUUAUCAGGAAACAGUUUUAAUCGCAAGUGGAGAAUAGAGCAACGCUACAUUCAUUUCCCUCAUUCGGCUUUUAAAACGCCUUCUCUUCCCCCACUAAAAGUUGUGCAUAUGCAUGUAGAAAAGCACAGGCUUGCUCGAGAAGCUGAAGACAGACGUAAUUAUUAGCACAUGCUUUUCUUCCUUCCCAUCCCAUGCACCCAGCUGAAACCUAAGGAUUUUGCCACUAGACUCAGCUUCUGGUGGAUGUUGCUUAAGCUAAUAAAGAGAGGAUGUUGUAAUU